UAUUUGGUCAAAAAAAUUUAAUUAUACUUUUACCUGGGCUUUGCUUAAAUUAUGUAUGAGCAAAUAGCAUUAACAUUUACUGCUACCUACUGUGUAUGAGCCAUUUGUACAUGUUAUGUUAUCUUAUUUAAUCCUCAUAACAGCUCAGUAAGAAAUAUUCCUGCAGGGGAGGAAGUGGUGAUUCAGAAGUGCAGCCCUUUGCCUAAAUUCAUACAAGUAAACAGAACUCGUCAUUCACUUCCUACAAAAGAAAUCUCACUGUGGGUGAUAACCCAACUGGCAGGACUCCCUUAGAACACACAGUGUGCUCUCUGAGGCUCUAUUCUAAACAUUUAAAUUAUAGAAUCAUUACUAGAGAGCCUCAUGUGUUUACUCACAAACAUUAAUUAAAAGCGCUCAAAUCAUAUAGCUCCAAAUUGGGUUUCAAAAUAAGUUGUUAAAGUAGUACAUUUCUUAGUCAUCUUGUGGCUUAUUGCGCUUCCUGAACCAACUAUUGAUAAACUUCCUCCUUUUCUACAGAAACCAUUUCAGUUUGCUAGAGGACAUUUUAAAUCUAAAUUGAACCAUCCCUUUUGCUUUCUUAGCCAAAUCACCAAAAUGUCCAGUUAGAACAAGAAUUUAGCAUCCUGCAAAAGAAGUUAACAGCUGAGAAAGGAAACAUUGUGAAAUGGAUCCCAAAUAUUUCAUCUUAAUUUUGUUCUGUGGACACCUGAACAAUACAUUUUUCUCAGUGACAAAAGCAAUUGCAAUAGAGAAGCAAACACAGCCUACUUUAUUUAAAUCUGCAAUGCCAUAUGUCUCGGCGAAUUCUCAAAACACAGUGAAUUCUCUGAGUCAACCAACACAACUCAAGAAUGUUUCUUCUGGACAACCAAUACCAACUGCCAAAGUUGCUGCUGGACAACCAACAACAGUUGCCCAUGCCUCCUCUGGAAACCCAACAGCAUAUACUUCUGCUGGACAACCACUUGCCUAUAACAUCACCAGACAACUAACACCAACGGCCAACACCUCCUCCCAACAAACAGUACAUCCUGUGUUCACCUCUGGGAGACAACUACAUACAUCUGCCCACGCUUCUACCAGACAACCGCCACGAUUUGUCUAUAGAUCCACUCAACAACCAUCAACUGUCCACACCUCUUCUAAAAAAUCAGUACCACCGACUAUUCAAAAUCUGUCCAUACAACCAACACCAGCUGUCAAAAGUUUACCUAGGAUUACACCAGGAUUCGUCCCAGAAGAUGUCAGUAACACACAAAGCCCGCAUAAAAGCAAUUCUAAUUCAAUAGCUGCCAUAUUAGUUGGUAUAAUUCUGAUUUCUAUGUUGAUAGCUAUAAUCAUGAUUGUACUAUGUAAGUGCUUGAGAAAACCAGUUUCAAAUGAUCAAAAUUGGGCAGGCAGGUCUCCAUUUGCUGAUGGUGAAACUCCUGAUAUAUGUUUGGAUAACAUCAGAGAAAAUGAAAUAUCCACAAAACGUACAUCAAUUAUUUCACUUAUGGCCUGGAAACCAGGCAAAAGCACACCUUUAGCAGAUGAUUUAGAAAUUAAGUUGUUUGAAUCAAGCGAAAACAUUGACGAUUCCAACCCCAAAACAGAGAAAAUAAAAGAUCAAGGAAAUGGUACAUCUGAGGAUAGUGCUGAUGGAUCAACAAUUGGCACUGCUGUUUCUUCUUCAGAUGAUGCAGAUCUGCCUCCACCUCCUCCUCCCCUUCUUGAUUUGGAAGGACAGGAGAGUAACCAAUCUGACAAACCCACAAUGACAACUGAGUCUCCUCUUCCAAAUGAUUCCACCAGUCUCCCACCAUCUACAGACUGUCUCAAUCAAGUCUGUGAAGAUCAUAAUUCUGAGAACAAAGAGUCACUUCCACCUCCCCUUGACUCACCUAACUUGACACUGCCACAAGGAGAUUUGAUGAAAAUCCUGCAAGAUUCCACCAAUGAGAUCCAAUGUCAGGAGUUCUCUAUUCUUCCUAACUCUGAUCAAGAUGUCAAUGAAUCCCUGCCACCCCCACCUGAAGAACUGUUAUAAAUAUUACAGCUUGUGUUUUAGCUGAUUUUCCAUGCUUUUCAAAGCACUCUCUAUCUUUUGUUUUUCUUCAUGUAAUGAAAUAUAUUAAAUGGCAACUCGUAACUAAUUUUUACCUUUAUCCAGGAACUACCUGAAAUCUGCUCAAAGUCCAUGUGCAAGGUUCCUUAUUUUUAAAAUAUAUGUAACAGUGCUCUAUUUACUGGCUAUAGCAUCUAAUUUUAAUGUAGAGUAUAUUUUACAUAUGUGGAUGGUAUAUAUGUGUCAAUAACUUAACCAUUUUGGAAAGAAACAACCUAUGUAUACUUAGUGUCACCCAAUAGAUUUUUUUUUCUCCUGAAAAGCUGUGUAUCAAGUUACCUUGAAUAAAUAA